GGGCUCUAAAAGAGGUUCACUAGAACUAUGACUGUACAAAAGACAUCCAAUCAGCCAAGAGAGACGGAGACAGAGAGUGAGAAAAGGGAAGCCCAAACCUCCUGUUGCAGUUGACUGUCUGUCUGAGAAAGGAAAAGAAGAACUGCUGUGCACAGUGUUUAUUUGAAGGUCAUGUUGUCGCAGUGUGAGAGAGCACGGAGUAUAAGUGGACGUCCAGAAGGACCGUAUCGGGCGGUAGAAAGCGCAGAUGCUCUCAUUACACAGGACUUUGAAGGCGUGGACACGCUGGACAAACUUUUUGUACAUGCUGUGAAGAGAUUUAGUAAGGCACCCUGUCUGGGCACCAGAGAGGUCCUUAGUGAAGAAGAAGAAAAACAACCCAAUGGGAAGAUCUUUAAGAAGUUGGUCCUGGGGGACUACAGCUGGAUGACCUAUGAAGAGGUCAAUCAAGCAGUGGAAUCAUUUGGCAGUGGUCUGGCAGCUUUGGGCCAGUGUAAUACCAUUGCCAUCUUUUGUGAGACACGGGCAGAAUGGAUGAUCACAGCACAGGCCUGCUUCAGACGCAACUUCCCAUUGGUAACGCUGUAUGCAACUCUGGGUGAAGAUGCUGUAGCUUAUGGGCUGAAUCAGUGUGGAGCCACUCAUCUCAUUACAAGCACAGAACUGCUGCGGACCAAACUGAAGAACGUUUUGAGUGCAGUGCAGUCAGGGUUGCAGCAUGUUAUCUAUGCAGGCAGUGGUGAAGUAUGUAAUGCUGAUUACCCACAGUCUCUCGACAUGCACAGCAUGCAGGAAGUAAUGGAGCUUGGGGCAAAGCCAGAGAACUUAAGCAAAGAGUAUGAGAAGCCGACUGCAUCUGAUCUCGCAGUGGUGAUGUACACCAGCGGGUCUACAGGGAAGCCUAAAGGAGUGAAGAUGCAACACAGUAAUCUGAUUGCAGGAAUGGCUGGGCAGUGCCAGCGGAUCCCGGGCCUGGGGUCCCAGGACACUUAUAUAGCUUAUCUCCCUCUGGCUCAUGUGCUGGAGCUGACAGCAGAAAUAUCCUGUGUGUCAUAUGGCUGCAGGCUCGGAUACUCAUCCCCACACACACUCACGGACCAGUCCAGUAAAAUAAAAAUCGGUGCUAAGGGAGAUUGCUCUGUGCUUAAACCCACCCUGAUAGCGGCAGUACCGGAGAUCAUGGAUCGUAUCUGCAAGAACGUUAAUGGGAAGUUGAGAGAGAUGUCAGUGGUUCAGAGGACUCUGUUUAAAGUGGGAUACAACUAUAAGCUGCAGAAGGUGUCACAAGGAGCCGAUUCUGCGGUGUGUAACAUGUUGUUUUUCAAGCGUGUGAAUUUGCUGCUGGGAGGGUGUGUACGUCUGAUGUUGAGCGGAGGGGCUCCACUGUCUGCUUCCACACAGAGAUUUAUGAACGUGUGUUUCUGCCCUGUCGCUGUGGGUUACGGCCUUACAGAGACGUGUGGAGCAGGAACUAUCUCAGAAUUUUCUGAUUACAGUACAGGACGAGUUGGAGCUCCUCUCAUUUGCUCUGAAAUAAAACUGCGAGACUGGCCUGAGGGUGGAUAUACCAGUCAGGACAAGCCACACCCACGAGGAGAGAUUCUGAUUGGUGGACCGAAUGUUGCCAUGGGAUACUUUGGGAGUGAGGCGGAGGGAGAAAAUGACAACUUUUGGGUGGAUGAGGCAGGGCAGCGCUGGUUUUGUACUGGAGAUGUCGGGCAGGUUCAUCCAGACGGUUGUUUGCAGAUUGUGGAUCGUAAGAAGGACCUGGUAAAGCUGCAGGCAGGUGAAUAUGUGUCUUUGGGGAAGGUAGAAUCUGCCCUGAAAAACAGCCCCCUCAUUGAUAACAUCUGCGUCUAUGCCAGCAGUGAUCAGAACUACUUGAUCAGCUUUGUGGUGCCCAAUCAGAAGCAAAUGACUGAGCUGGCAAAAAAGAACGGGAUAGAGGGCGAAUGGGAGGAGCUUUGUAACCACACCAAGAUGGAGGAGGAAGUAGUAAAAGUCAUCAAAGAAAUUGCAGUCACAAGUAAACUGGAAAGGUUUGAGGUUCCACAGAAGAUCUGUUUAAGUUCUGAGGCUUGGACUCCAGAAACAGGGCUGGUGACAGAUGCCUUCAAACUAAAGAGAAAAGAGCUGAAAAAUCAUUAUAUAAAGGACAUUGAGAGGUUAUAUGGGGCUAUAUGAUGGACAUGCAACACUUAUCUAGGCUGAUUCCCAGUUGGUGUACUACGCUUUGUAGAUUACUAUCCCCCUAAACAUAGUAUUGCAUCAAAAUGCAGUUUUACUAUGAUCCUGUCUUACUCCAUACACUAGACAUGAAUAAAAGUCUUUCAAUUG